AACAAGCCGAAAAGUUAGAAAAUUACCUCAAAAAUAAGGGAGUGAAAAUAAUUACUUGUGAAUUAGUCGGACAGGCUGAAUAUUUAGCCCAUAAUUUAGGAAUAGAGUAUGUGCCAGUAGGAAAUCAUUAUCGGAAUAG